AUGCUUACCGCUCCAUGGAAGGCCAACGGUAGGAGGAGAAGUGGAGAUAGGACGACAACAAAAGUCUUCAAAUAAGGACGAAUAUGAGACUGAAAGAAUUUCUUGCAGCUACUCAUCGUGAAGUGGUCCUGAAAUUGGGACGUGAACGUGCGCUCCUGGAAUUUGCAUUUCCUGUUAUAUAGAAAACUGGUUCCAAUUGCUAUCACCUCUCGACCGCCUCUUUUAUCGUAUGAAGGUGACGUUGUUGCGCAAUGAGGCAUUGAAGAGAAAGGCCAAGUCGAUUGCGAAUGCUUUCCGUAAGCCUUUCAUGGCUGGAGAAAGGUCGAGGAAAUCAUAACUUUUCCACGAGAGGGUAACGAAAAGCUACUUAAUGGAUUACUUUUUCUUCCGACUUGUAAGAAAAACCCCAAGCAACAAGGCCAUUAUAAGUAUGUGUACGUGCGCAUUACGAGUUGAUGGUGGUCGCGUCGUAUUAUCCGUAACAAUUUUUUGGCCUUGGAAAGGGUGACCAGAAAACGGCCUUUCUUAUUCGAGUUGCAACAACAAACGAAAACAAACGAAAAACGAACACACACGAGUACGUCUAGUACGUGAAACUAGAGCUGAUGUCUGAGUCACUAUCAGCGCCCUGUCUCGAUUCGGUUUUACCCAUAAAAAUUUCCAGACAGAGACAAAGAAUAAAUAAGCAAUACGUCUAUUGAACAAGGAACGGGAGAGCAUUUUUUCUUGUCUUGUCUGUAUAGGCCAAACCAAGAUAAGGCUCUUGCUAUAUAAAUACCAAACUGGAUGAGGGUCGAACAGCGCACAUUUCCUAAAGCCAUUUACGAAAAAUGUCGUCCUACUCUUCGAUAGCUCUCUCUUUUCUUCUCUCGCUGAGCCUGGCUAGUAGUCACAACAUCCUGGUCUUCAUGCCAUUUGGAUCCCAUAGUCACAAAGCCACUCUCAUCCCCCUUGUUCAAGGCUUAUUAGAGAGGAACCAUAGCGUGACCUUCAUCACCAACCAAGAAUCAACCGACCUUCGAUACCACAAAAUGAUGUACAACUUGGACGAAGUAGUUGUUCCCAACUUGAACUAUUCGAUGCUGGAUCCGGAAAGCGCCGAGCAGAAUUUUUUCGAAUUAGCCGCCCAGCACUCGAUCCGAUCCCAAUUGAAAAUCUUUCGCCAUUUAUCGAGUCAAAUAGACAAAGUCCUCGAGUACACUUACACUGAUGCAGGCGUCCAAUCAGUAUUACGUCACGGCCAAUUCGAUUUAGUCCUUUUGUCUCAAGUCGUUUCGUACGCCGGCUACCCGCUGGCUUGGCACUUCCGUUGUCCUUUCAUCUUGUCCAGUCCGAAUGUUCUAAUGACAGAUUCCGCGUACCUGCUGGGUGAUUCGGAGCACACGGAGUACGUCCCUUUCUUUCUGAUGGCCAUGACGGACAAAAUGAAUUUGGCGCAGCGAAUAAUCAAUACGGUUAUCACUCAUCUGCUCAACUUCUUUCAAGACACGUUCAUCUUUCCACGCAUUCAACCAACCAUAGAGAAAUAUUUUCCUGGAGCGCCAUCCUUGAUUGAAAUGAAGGCCAACGUCAGCGCCGCUUUCGCUAACACUCAUCCCGCCUUCAGUUAUCCUCGAGCAUAUCCACCAGGUGUGGUUGAGCUGGGCGGAAUUCACUGCCGACCUGCUGAACCUCUUUCGCGUUCCAUUGAAGAGUUUGUCUCCGGUGCCGGUAAUGAUGGCUUCGUUCUAUUCGGAGUCGGUUCCAUUAUCCCGAUGGACGAAAUGCCUCGUCAAAUGUUGGACGUCUUUAUUCGAGUAUUUUCCCGGUUACGCCAGCGCGUCGUCUGGCAAUGGAGGGGAACCAACAAGCCGGCCAAUUUGUCCGAUAAUAUUUUACUACUUGACUGGCUCCCUCAGCAGGAUCUCUUAGGUCACGAGAAAUGUCGACUUUUCCUAACUCACGGGGGUCUACUCAGUACCCAAGAGGCAAUCUACCAUGGUGUUCCCGUUCUCGGUCUUCCCUUCAUAAGUGAUCAGUUGCUCAACAUGGACAAGGCAGUGCGUGACGGGUACGCCCUUCAACUGCGUUGGAACCAGAUCGAAGAGAAGCUGCUACAUCGCACAAUCCGGCAGUUGAUUUACAAAGACACUUAUGUCACAAAUGUCAAACGACGCCAGAGUUUGCUGCGUGACCAGUCUGAAACUCCGCUGGAACGCGGAUUGUACUGGACCGAGUAUAUUGCUCGUCACAAGGGUGCCAAGCACCUCCAGCUGGGCUCACGAGACCUCAAUCGUUUUCAGCGAUCGCUGAUCGACGUCUACCUCAUUCUUGCCACCGCUACUAGCCUUUUCAUUUUCGUCACUUGGCGUUGUCUCCGACGCUUCGAAUUUUUCAUUCGCUUCAUCAAACUCGAUUUGUUUUAGACUCCGCUAUUUCAUUUUGCACUUCGUUUUGCGAUUUCAUUGUUUUAUUGGUUAUUGUAAAUUAUCAUUUCAUUGUCAUUGGAGUUAAUCUAGCGUUAUAUCACUUGAUUUGUCUAGACAAUGAUGCUUGUGCAAUCAGCAACAAGUGGCGUCGACUUCCCUACAUGUCCUCACAAAACCUGUAAAUACUAACAUUUAAAGGCUGCGAUAAAUGACGUACGUGUGUCACGAUCA